GACGCGGCCCAACCACCCCGCCCUAGCAGACGCCGCCGACGCCGCAGGUCCGCACAGCGAGAGACGACGCCGAAACGCUUUCUUUGUCGAGUCAUAGGGGCCACGCCGGGCCUUGGUGCUGCCCUUCCGCCGCGGGGAACGCACCGCUACGCAUCGCCAGCAGAAGCCCCAGCAGGUGAACGAGGACUCGGGCCAGGAUGUCGGGCAUCAGGCUGGACGACUUCUUGUCCAAGAAGAAGGAGGUGGCGCAGGUGCUGGACUUGUCCAAGUCCGUGGCGCGCACCAAGGAAGACCUCAAGAAGCUGCUGGACAAGGUGCCCGAGUUCAAGAGCAAGGCGGAGAAGAUCCGCGCGGACGACAUCAAGAUCCGCGACAAGGACUGGACGUUCAAGCCCACCAAGAAGGAGCUGCGCUACGUGGCCGACUUCACGUUCGCCAACCCCGUGCCGGCGGACAUGCGGCCCGUCAAGCUGGAGGACCUCAUCUCGGUGCCCAUCGACUGGCGGAUGCUCACCACUCUGCGGCCCAAGACCAAGCUGGACGAGGAGUUCUUCUCGCGGCUGAUUGAGCUGGGCAAGCUGACGCGGUCCACGCUGCAGUACGAGCGGCAGCGCGAGGGCCCGCGCAGCACGUACGCGGCCACGUCGUCGUCCUGGGUGAAGCGCUUCAAGUCGCGCAGUGGCGUGGUGGAGACCAAGGCCACCACGUGCUCGCAGUGCGGCGACGAGUUCUGCGACGGGACGGCCUGCAAGCUCUUCACCUACGACUGCUUCAAAAAUUCAAUCACGGGGACGUGCCCCUGA